GGGAGGUCUUUGGCCUUUUUUGACGGAGCUGGGGCGCCCUCCGGAAGCGUUUCCAACUUUCCAGAAGUUUCUCGGGACAGGCCGGAGGGGGUGGGGACUGCCAUAUAUAGAUACCGGGAGCGGGGGAGUGGGCGAAGAGUAGAAUCGUGUCGCGGCUCGGGAGCGAGACUCCAGUCCCGGCGCCCGCCCAGCCCGACCCAGAAUGAAAAAGGCAGGCAUUGACCUCCCUCUGAGGCAGUUUCCAGCGGGCAUCUCCCUUCAGGGAUCCAUGUGCAGAUGGGAAAGGAACUAAGGCCAAAGAAGGCUCCUGGAGUUCCCUGGCUAAUGCGUGGCACCCCCUGGGACCUGAACCAGGCCUGCUUCCCAGGCUGGAAGCCCCGCUCUGCCGGCCGGUGGAGAUAGUUCAGCCUCCUGCCUGCCACGUCACCACCAGAAGCUGGCGCUAAGCUGCUACGGGCCUAGCCUAGCGGGCUGCCUGAAGAAUCCCAAACCAGUUAUUUGGAGCUUGCUUGGAAGCCCCUCCCAGUCCUUUGAGCCCUCACAGGUUCACCUUGGUGCACGCAAACCACCUCCCAGCUAUGCGCUCCCUCCUGCUCCUCAGCGUUUUUUGCUUCUUGGCGGUGGCCCUGGCAGCCGAGGUGAAGAAACCUGCAGCCGCAGCAGCUCCUGGCACCACGGAGAAGCUGAGCCCCAAGGCGGCCACGCUGGCUGAGCGCAGCGCCGGCCUGGCCUUCAGCCUGUACCAGGCCAUGGCCAAGGACCAGGCGGUAGAGAACAUCCUGGUGUCGCCCGUGGUGGUGGCAUCGUCGCUGGGGCUCGUGUCGCUGGGUGGCAAGGCAACCACGGCGUCGCAGGCCAAGGCAGUGCUGAGUGCUGAGCAGCUGCGCGAUGAGGAGGUGCACGCCGGCCUGGGCGAGCUGCUGCGCUCACUCAGCAACUCCACGGCGCGCAACGUGACCUGGAAGCUGGGCAGCCGCCUGUACGGACCCAGCUCAGUGAGCUUCGCUGAUGACUUUGUGCGCAGCAGCAAGCAGCACUACAACUGCGAGCACUCCAAGAUCAACUUCCGCGACAAGCGCAGCGCGCUGCAGUCCAUCAACGAGUGGGCCGCGCAGACCACCGACGGCAAGCUGCCCGAGGUCACCAAGGACGUGGAGCGCACGGACGGCGCCCUGCUCGUCAACGCCAUGUUCUUCAAGCCACACUGGGAUGAGAAAUUCCAUCACAAGAUGGUGGACAACCGUGGCUUCAUGGUGACUCGUUCCUAUACUGUGGGUGUCAUGAUGAUGCACCGGACAGGGCUCUACAACUACUAUGAUGACGAGAAGGAAAAGCUGCAAAUCGUGGAGAUGCCCCUGGCCCACAAGCUCUCCAGCCUCAUCAUCCUCAUGCCCCACCACGUGGAGCCCCUCGAGCGCCUUGAAAAGCUGCUAACCAAAGAACAGCUGAAGAUCUGGAUGGGGAAGAUGCAGAAGAAGGCUGUCGCCAUCUCCCUGCCCAAGGGUGUGGUGGAGGUGACCCAUGACCUGCAGAAACACCUGGCUGGGCUGGGCCUGACCGAGGCCAUCGACAAGAACAAGGCAGACUUGUCGCGCAUGUCAGGCAAGAAGGACCUGUACCUGGCCAGCGUGUUCCACGCCACCGCCUUUGAGUUGGACACAGAUGGCAAUCCCUUUGACCAAGACAUCUACGGGCGCGAGGAGCUGCGUAACCCCAAGCUGUUCUACGCCGACCACCCCUUCAUCUUCCUGGUGCGGGACACCCAGAGCGGCUCCCUGCUGUUCAUUGGGCGCCUGGUCCGGCCUAAGGGUGACAAGAUGCGAGACGAGUUGUAGGGCCUCAGGGUGCACACAGGAUGGCAGGAAGCAGCCGAAGGCUCCUGAGACACAUGGGUGCUAUUGGGGUUGGGGGGAGGUGAGGUACCAGCCUUGGAUACUCCAUAGGGUGGGGGUGGAAAAACAGACCAGGGUUCCCGUGUGCCUGAGCGGACCUUCCCAGCUAGAAGUCACUCUGCUUGGACAUGCGCCCCAGAUACCAUGAUGCUGAGACCAGAAACUCCACAUCCUGUGGGACCUGGGCCUUAGUCAUCCUGCCUGCCCCCAGAGUCCCAGAUCAAGCCUGCCUCAAUCAGUGUUCAUAUUUAUAGCCAAGUACCUUCUCACCUGUGAGACCAAAUUGAGCUAGGUGGGUCAGCCAGCCCUCUUCUCCUGACUCUAAAAGACCUCAGCCACCUCCCCAGCUCUAUCCCAACCUCUCCCAACUACAAAACUAGGUGCUGCAGCCCCUGGGACCAGACACCCCCAGAAUGACCUGGCCCCAGUGAGGCGGAUCGAGAAAGAGCUCACAGGAGGGGCUUCUGGGCAGACUCUGGUCAAGAAGCAUCGUGUCCGGCGUCGUGGGGAUGAACUUUUUGUUUUUGUUUCUUCCUUUUUUAGUUCUUCAAAGAUGGGGAGGGAAGGGGGAACAUGAGCCUUUGUUGCUAUCAAACCAAGAACUUAUUUGUACAAUUUUUUUUUUCAAUAAAACUUUUCCAAUGAAA